GCAUCCGCGAAAAUAGCGACAUUCAGUCAAGUAUUGGCUCUCAGUGAAUACACAGUUUCCUUCCUGGAGUCUCUCUAGUGGAGCAUCGCAAUAAUAUAUAUAUAUAAAUUGAUAUAGUGUUAAAUAAUUGCAGUGAAAUGGAAACAAAGUGUUUGUUAUACUUUAUUCUGUCCAUCAUUUGCAUGGUGGCGAGUGAAAACAAUCCGGAUUUGGACACAUUCAGUGUAGAAAAGUUUGCCAACACUUCAUCAGUGAUACAAAGUUUGGACAAAACACAAAUUGGAUACAAUUAUGCUUUUGGCCAAUCGCAUGCUUCAGGAUAUAAAAGCAAAAACGUUGAACAUCACCUCUUCACACCCAUUAUCGAGCAUGCGACCAAUGGUAGCAAUUAUGUGAUAUUUGGAAAUCGAGUUGAAGGGGACGUUUUGGUCGCCAGAACAUCACAGUACUCGUACACGGAAGAAAAGGUGGAGAAACUCCGCUUGGAAUUCAGCGGUCAAGCUCACAUGACUUACGUUGUCUUCGAGUCUGAUGAUCCAAACUUCACAAUGAGCACCACAUUCAAGGAAAAUUAUAUUCUGGCUAAUUUCAUUUUCACGAGACCACUAAAACCCGCCACAGUUUCGCUCACAGCAUAUGGUUUCUACCCGGACUCGCUGCCAAAAACUUGCUUCUUAUUCUACUAUAAUUGUGUCAUUAAAAGUUAAAUAAAUUCCCGUGUCACAGGAUAUUACGGCAACGCGAAUAUUGUGACGGACAGAGAAAGUUUGGACCAGUCUGAAACCCUUCAUACACUGAACAUUGGCACAAAUUUUCAGAUAUAUGAAAUUAAUCACAAACAGUCCUGCAUGAACACCACGUUAUAGCAUAGAAGCCAUAGGAAUCAUAGUCAUGAUUGCGCCAUUUUCCUAUAAUGCAUCCUUGGAGAGAUAUUGAUACUCAUCUCGAGGAAAUUGGAAGGCGGAUCUUCACUAAAUAGAAUCCCAAUUCAAAUAAGUUACAACAUGCCAUCCAAGGGCUUUUUUCUCCCUCUCGAGAUGCCCCCGAAAAAAAUCGAUCACGACUCCUCCGGCGACGAAGUGGCGGUAAUGGGUGGGUGGUUAGUUUUCUCUGGGAUAUUUAUUGACUUUAUACAAAUAAAUUCAGAAACUUGCCACGGGGAAUUCAUGAGCGUAAAAAGCACACUGAGAUGGAGAAAAACCUCCACACAAUUCACAUUUUAAUAUGAGCCAAAAAAGUUGAGAAUUUUCCUCUUGAGACUAGGCAUGUUCAUAACAUUUCAGCUAAGAGACACAACAAAAGUAAUAUCCAAUGUCUGUAAUAUUUUGGCAAAGAGCAAAUAUAUUACAUAGAAGUAUACAUUCCAAUGGCUUCGUAAUGUGUAAUAAAGGAAAAUUACUGAAGAUUCUUUUUGUGUACGAAUUCGCAGAAUUUAAAGAAUAAAA